UCCCCUCAGCAGCGUGCCGACCUGGCGCACUUGGAGUGAGUGACGCAAAGCGACGUGCGAUGGCGCAAAACGGGAGCGCGCAGAACGGGAGCGCGCACAAUGGACUGCUGCCGGGGAAAGACGCGGCGAUCCCUCGGCCAGUGGAGGCUCUGCAAGUGCGGUACAAGGAGAUUUUUAUCAACAACGAAUGGCAGCACUCUGUCAGCGGGAACAAGUUUGCCACCUACAACCCUGCCACAGGUGCGAAGAUCUGCGACGUGGAGGAAGCGGGUGGAGCUGAUGUGGACAAGGCUGUGGAGGCGGCCAGAGCGGCCAGCCAGCAGGGCUCCACCUGGGCCAGGAUGGAUGCAUCUGGUCGCGGUCAACUGCUGCACAAGUUGGCAGACCUUAUGGAGAGAGAGCGCCUCCUUUUGGCUACCAUGGAAUCAGUGGACACAGGGAAACCUUUCUUGCACUCCUUCUUCAUCGAUCUGGAAGGCAGCAUUAAAACCCUCCGAUACUUUGCUGGCUGGGCUGACAAGAUCCAGGGAAAGACGAUGCCCGUCGAUGACAACUUUGUGUGUUUCACCAAGCAUGAACCUAUCGGCGUGUGCGGCGCAAUCAUUCCUUGGAACUUCCCCCUGCUCAUGUUCGUAUGGAAGAUCGCCCCGGCGCUGUGCUGCGGAAACACGGUGCUCGUCAAGCCGGCUGAGCAGACGCCGCUGACGGCGCUCCACAUGGGGGCGCUCAUCAAGGAGGCUGGCUUCCCUCCCGGAGUGGUCAACAUCCUGCCGGGGUUUGGACACACAGCAGGAGCAGCCAUCGCCAGCCACAUGGGCGUUAACAAGGUGGCCUUCACCGGGUCCACAGAGGUUGGAAAGCUAAUCCAGGAAGCUGCCGGGAGGAGCAAUCUGAAGCGGGUGACCCUGGAACUUGGCGGCAAAAACCCUUGCAUUGUUUUCGCUGAUGCCGACUUGAGGAAGGCUGUGGAAGAGGUCCAGCAGGGGGCGUUCUUCAACCAGGGCCAGGCCUGUACCGCAGCCUCACGUGUCUUUGUGGACGAGGCCGUGUACGAGGAGUUUGUGCGCCGCAGCGUGGAAAACGCCAAGAAGCUGGUGGCCGGGGACCCCAUGGACCCUCGGACGUCGCACGGCCCUCAGAUUGACCAGCAGCACUUCGACAAGAUCAUGAGACUGAUCGAGAGCGGCAAGCGCGAGGGGGCCAAGCUGGAGUGUGGGGGCUUCGCUCUGCAGGACAAAGGCCUUUUCAUCCAGCCCGCAGUAUUUUCAGGAGUCCAGGAUCACAUGCGCAUUGCUAAGGAGGAGAUCUUUGGGCCCGUACAGUGCAUACUCAAGUUUAAGACCUUGGAAGAAGUGAUCCAGAGAGCAAACGACACAGAGUACGGCCUAGCAGCGGCCGUGUUCACUAAGAACAUGGACCGGGCCCUGAGGCUGAGCAACGCGCUGCAGUCUGGGACUGUUUGGGUGAACUGCUACAACGCACUCCAUGCCCAGACUCCCUUUGGCGGCUUUAAGAUGUCGGGUUUUGGAAGAGAGCUGAGUGAAUAUGCGCUGUCGGAAUACACCGAGAUAAAGGCAGUGACCAUCAAACUCACAGAGGACCUGGGGGAGAGUGGAAAGAGAGCACCCGAGUAGAAGUAGCAGCCCCUGAGGGGAAUGGCCACAGAUGUUCCCAUGGCAACAACUCUCACCUGCGCAGCAGGUCUUACUGAAGGACCUGUUUCAGCUUCUGCUCUGCUUUUCAGGGUGUGGCUUCUCAGAGCCAAGCGGUUUUGUUUCUUUUCUUUUAGCUUCAACCUAUGUCCAUCUGUUGGACUUUUCUAUCCCUUGUGUCAUGUGACCACGGGGGCAGGUUAUCUGCAGUCAGGGAGAACAUUGACUGGACACCCAUGAGGGAUUUUAUCAUGUACUUCUGUUACUGUCAUAUAAGGCAUUAGUCAAUUCCUCUCUUCCUGUGUUUCCCAUCAACUCAUACACACUGUGUUUAAGGAACAGCUCCACAUGUUUCUUAUACUGAUGUAUGGGGACCCCCAGUACAAGGUCAGCAGGCAUCUGGCUAAAAGCAUCCUACACUGUGUGUGUGUGUGUCCUUCUGGGACUUCUCCAUGGGGCAAAACACUGGAGCAGCUUGUUCCCACCAGAAGAGGGGGAGGUCAUAUUCAGUUAUGAAAUUAGAAGGGACUCGUGUUAAAAUACUUUAUGAAAUUCUAUAAAAUAUUUGAAAUAUAUCUUUCCUACCUGUAAAAUUAGUCUUUAAGUUAAUUUUUAAUUUGUGCAUUUUGUAAAGGCACAUAUCUGAGCGAAUACUGUGACCCUCUGAAGAAAGAUACAAAGAAAUAUGAAACAAAAGAUCCUGUCGGAAUAAUUGACAGCUAAUGUUAUAUUAAUAAAUGACACUUGGAGCCCUCAUGACAGCUAAUGACACGUAGAUCUUAGUGUGUCAUGCACAUUGCAAGAUGCUUCAAGGAGCUCAUAUCAUUUUGUUUUGUGUUCUAUUUCUAAAGAGUCUGACACUUUGAUAUAAAUGGCUAUAACUUCCCCAUUAAAGCUCUUUGUACAGAUA